AUAACGAUAAGAAACACUAAGCAAAUAGAAUGGAUUGCAAUCAGAGCUUCGAGGACAUUGAAAGCCAGCUGGAUAACUUCGUGAUACGCAAGAAGCAAAUAAGAGAAAAGACAGCCGGAAAGUGUGGUCCGGAGGUCCACGAAAACGUCCCGCUGACCAUAUCCCAGAUCCAGCGAGUAACCCAGGAUGCGGAAAAUGAAAAUGUAUUCAUCACAGACGACGUGCAUCCGAUUCACUUCUGCACCUGCAUCGUGUACGCCUUUGUGGCUGGCAAUGGCACCCACAACGAGUCCUUCAUGAAGUACAUGAUCGACGAUGGCACCGGCUCCCUGGAGGCCAGCAUUAGCAAGAGGCCAUUCCACGGACGGAUCGUCACCAGCCUGUACAAUGAAGCCAGUUCGCUGGCCUCCACCGAAACCUACAAGAGCAUUGCCGUCAGCUUGAUGCGUUUGCUGCAAGCGUCCAUGGAGUACAUAGAUCCAACGCGCAUCUCGAGGGGCCAAAGCCUGUUCCUGCGUGGUCGACCGAAUAAGUUCCGGGGAAAGAUGGGUUUGGACGCCUUUUCGUUCUGCAUAGACAGUGGCAAAUCUCGGGAUAUGGAAAUUGGCUUCGUGGACUACCUGACCGACUGGCACCGAAGGUACAAAACGACACAGAGUUCGACAGAGAAAUAGUAUUGGGUUUUUUGUAUUGAAAUUUUACUGGUAAUAAAAAUUCAAAAAGUUUAAAUAAGGAGAA